AUGGUUGAGAUGGACGGCAAAGGGACGAUCGACACUGUACAAGUGGCUCUGAGAAUUCGGCCGUUGAUGCAGCAGGAGAUAGAAAGGGGAUGUGAUGAGUGUAUUGAUGUAGUGACAGGGGAGCCCCAAGUUCAAAUAAAAGAUCUAUCUUUUACAUACAAUUUUGUAUUUCCUCAGCACAUAACACAGCAAGAGUUCUAUGAUACUGCUGUAAAGGGUUUGAUAGGGAAACUAUUUCAAGGUUACAAUGUUACAAUUCUUGCAUAUGGCCAGACUGGCUCUGGAAAGACUUACACCAUGGGUACAAACUACUCAGGAUCUGAUGGUGACUCCACAAAGUUGGGUGUAAUACCCCAAGCAGUGGCAGACAUAUUUGAUUUCAUAGAAACACAUGAGGAUAAGUUCAUAUUUAAAGUAAAUGUAUCCUUCAUGGAGCUGUAUCAAGAGCAGUGUUAUGACUUACUCUCUGGCAAGGAGAGGGGACAUAGUAUUAUAGAAAUUAGAGAGGAUAUUAAUAAAGGUGUUAUUCUACCAGGCAUCUCAGAACUUCCUGUAUCAUCUACAAUGGAAACUAUGAUGGUAUUAGAGCGGGGCUCAGCAGGACGAGUGACUGGUUCCACAGCAAUGAACCAAGCCAGUAGUAGGAGUCACGCUGUUUUCACAAUUGUUAUAUCUAAAGAAAGCCGAGCUGACAAAAAUAUGGCUACAACAUCAAAGUUCCACCUUGUUGACUUGGCUGGUUCAGAACGUAUCAAAAAGACAAAAGCUAGUGGAGAACGAUUGAGGGAAGGUGUCAAAAUCAAUCAAGGGCUUUUAGCACUCGGAAAUGUCAUUUCAGCACUGGGUGAUGGGACAAACAGGAGUUUUAUAAGCUAUAGAGAUAGCAAACUUACUCGGUUAUUGCAAGACAGUCUCGGUGGAAAUUCACUAACCCUUAUGGUAGCAUGCGUAAGCCCCGCUGAUUACAACUUGGACGAAACGGUGUCGACGCUACGCUACGCAGAUCGCGCCCGCAGGAUACGCAACAAACCUAUCAUCAAUCAAGAUGCAAAAGCCGCCGAGAUUCUCAGGUUGAACAAUUUAGUCAAUGAACUCCGUUUGCAAGUGUUGGGCAAAUUGCCUACAAUUUGCGAGCAGAACAAUGAACAACUGCAGGAAGAGUUAGAUAAAGAACGUACCAAAUAUCAAGAACUAUUGAAAAAGUACAAGCAAGUGACUGAAAAUUUAAGUAACAUGGUGAUUUUGAAUACAAAUUUAUGUGAAAAGGCUUUACUUGCCGAAGCUGCGAAAGAUAAAAUUGAGCGUAAAUUAAACGAGUUGACUGAACAGUGCAAUCAAACUAUAGAAAAUCUAAAUACUACAAGUGGUGCAGUGGAUGAUGAGUUACAAAAGACUUCAGUAGUAGAUUACUUAAAAGAAAUCAAGACGCGGUUAGAGGACCUACAGACUGUAAAUAUGAAGUCCGAUGAAGAGAUGAUAGAUCACGAAAUUAAACAAUCAUUUGUCAAUGAGAAUGAUCUCGACAAAGGUGGUGAUGAGGUCGUGAUGAAUGAGGAUCAAGCUGUUUUGGAGGAAGAAAAGAGAACUAUGGGACAGGUCGCUCUUAACCAAGAAUUACAAGAAUUAAACCGCGCAAUGGCGAUCAAGGCAUCCGUAGUACAGGCCAUCCUCGCGAAUAACAAGGAUAUGUUGGAAAGCCACAAGAAUCUUCAAGAGAAUGAGGAAAAGAUUUCACAACUGGAGAAAGAGCGAGAUGAAUUGUUACAGCAGCUGAAAACCAAGUCUAAAGACCCAUCGCAUGAAGAGCGUCGUACCAAAGUAUCAACUCUAGAAGCACAAAUAUCAGACUUGAAAAAGACUUGCCAGCAACAAGCUCACAUCAUCAAGACGAAGGAGAAGAAUGAAGCCAAGAUUGCUUCUUUGAAUGCUGAACUACAGGCUAUGAAAGCCACUAAGGUUAAAAUAAUAAAACAAAUGCGUGAAGAAAGCGAAAAGUUCAGAAAAUGGAAGGCGGACAACGAGCGUGCAAUGCUGCGCCUGCGCAACGAGGAUCGCAAGCGUGCCAACGCCAUGGCUAAGAUGGAGUCUCUACACGCCAAACAACAGAACGUACUUAAACGGAAGAUGGAGGAGGCCGUGGCUGUUAAUAAGAGGCUAAAGGAAGCGCUGGAGCGUCAGAAGUUCUCGCAGAUGAAACGCAACGCAAAGGGUAGUGUGAAGGCGGGCGCCGUUCAGCAGUACAUCGAACAAGAACUUGAAGUACACCUCAGUAUUGUAGAGGCCGAGAAGUCGCUAGAAGAACUUAUGGAAUACAGAGCAUGGAUAACAGAACAGAUAGAAAAUUUACGUAACAGUACUGAUGAGGAAGCUAAUAGAAAGAAAAUUGCCGAAUUAGAGGAUGACCUAGCCCUUCGUAAAGCACAAAUAUCCGAUCUACAGCAGAAGAUAUUAACUGCUGAUCAAGAAAACAAGUCCCGAACACAAUGGGACAACAUCCAAUCCAUGCUUGAAGCCAAGGUGGCGCUUAAAUGUCUAUUUGAGUUACUUGUGGAUGCAAAGAGGGAAAUGCAGAACCAGAGUGAAAAGGGCUUCCAGGCUAGAUAUGAGGAGAUCAAGGAGGCGCAUGACAGGCUUGCCAUGGACUUUGAAAAUAGUAAAACUGAGUUUGAAAGGCAGUUGGCUACGGUGAAACUUCAGAGUGAACAGAAGCUGUCGGCUUUGGUGGCACUACAACGCGGCGUAAUCGGCAAGGGCGAUAAGAGUGAAGCGUGCAAACAUCUUCAAAACGUGAUACAAUACCAACAGGAACGAUUGGACCAAGUCGAGGAGGAAAAUAAAAAGUUAGUGGAUGAAUUAGAACAAUUGCGGUCAGGAAGUAAGAAAACGAAAAGACGAGCUAAAAAGGACGCCAGUGGAGAACCUGAAAAGAAGGUGGAAUAUGUGGAACCGACUGAUGAGGAAGAAGAUGAAUUUGAGGAUAAUGAAAAGGACCCUGAUUGGAGAGCGACGCCGUUGUUUAAGCGUAUUCAGGCUCAACGCUCCCGGCUGACGAUGAACUUCACGGCGGCGGACUUGUCGGUGACGGAGGGCGGGGGCGGUGCGGGUGGCGGUGCGGGGGGCGGUGCGGGUGGCGCGGCGGGCGCGGCGCGAGCGCUGAAGCGCGGCAGUGACGGCGCCGCGCACUGCGUGUGCCGCGGCUCGUGCUCCACCAAGAUGUGCGGCUGCGUCAAGUCCGACAAGGGCUGCUCGCACACGUGCCGCUGCCAGCCCGAGCUCUGCAAGAACCGCCGCGUCUCCUCCGACAGCGAGGACAAGGAGAACAAUCCGUCAAGUACAGAACUUUCUAUCGAAACGACACCGCCGUCUUACUUUGAUAAACGAUUCGAAACGUCCGAGGAAUUAACCGACAGCCAAACGAAAACCGAUGCUCCCACCACGCCUUUAAAGAUGGAAUUGCCGAAACAACGUUCUCCAUUACGGGUUAAAAAUAAUGGCCCACAGAAAUGGAUGUUCGCCCUACUUUUGUACAACACUUGUGUAGCCCCUAUGUCAUCUUACUGCGCCAACAACAUAUUGCAAUACGGCAUGGACCAAGUCAAGUACAAUGUGUUGUCCCAUAUCUUGAAGUUCUUGAUGCGAGAGGUUAUUAAAACAUUUGAAAGGAAAUGGCGACCUAAUCCAAUAAAGACUGAAUACUCGCAAAGGACCUAUGAAACCUAG